GAGUUGGAUUGGAAGAUAUUACGCAUUGGAAUUUUAUUGCUGGAUUUAUAGUCAAUAAAUGAGGUGGUUCAGACAAAUGCUGAGUACAACUAAAGAUUGCGUGCGAUAUCACGUGACCAGACCGCUUCCUUGAGCUCUUCCCGCAACUUGAAGCUCACCGUACCUCAGCAAGGCUUCUCCAACCUGUGCCAUGGCGCAAGUCACAGAGACAUCGCUGAAGCGCUCGUCAUCGUCGCUAUCGUCUCUACACGAACCACACCUCAAGGGGCAGAAACGCCCCUAUCACCACCACCACAAACUCCAGCAACGUGUGCAAACCGACCUCCAAGAACCGGCCAUCCCCGACGAUGCCACCAUCACGCACCUCUUGAACCGGUCGAUCGGACAGGUGCUCGCAUCCACCGGCUAUGAAAUCGCCGAACCUACAGCCUUAGAUGCCUUCCGACAGGCCACUGAAGAGUAUAUCCUUCACUUAGCAUCCUUCGUGCGCCAGUCGAUGAUCUCGUCACGCCGCAUGCAGCCUAUCCCCCAGGACUUUGAAUACGCCUUCCAGCGAGCGUUCAUUAGCACAGACGAGCUCUUGCCACAAAUCAAAACAGAACCAUAUGAACCCAUCCCGACACUCCUACCCAGCCCGCCACCCGAGGAUAAAGACCCAUUUGAUGCAUUCCUCAGCAUCCCCAUUCUAGGUGACGAGCUAAGUGGUGAAAGAGACCGGUUGCAGAGCGGCUUUAUUCCCGCGCAUUUCCCUCAGUUUCCAAGCAUACACACAUAUCGAUUCACCCCAGUGUAUACGGACAGAGAGACGGACCCACAGCGGAUUCGAGAGCUUGGAACUGAGGAUGGUCGGCAUGGGGAAGAAGCGCUGCGGAAGUUGGCGCGCGCGGCGUUCAAGGACACGCAUGUAGCUGGCGUGGGCAAAGGAGAGAAACGGCUCUGGGGUCGAAAGAGCGAGACUAUGGAGAGUAUGUUUGAGAAGACUAUCCGCGGGCUCACCAAGAAGUACCAGCCGGAUGGAAAAUCCUUAGACACGGAUGGAUCGACCCAGAAACCGGCGAGGUUUUCCAUGGCGAAUAUUGAACUGGCGCCGAUAGUCAAUUGUGAGCGAGAUUUCUGGAGAAAGGUAGCGACAGGGUCGCCCAAGACGGAAAAACCGGUCGACAUAAAGGAUCCCGUUAUCGCGAAGGUAGAGCGAUGGGUUUCGUCUUAAAGCAGAUUCAGCGCAAUUUACAGUUGCAUAUGAUGGAGGCGUUUUGGUGGUUGUUUUUAAUAGCUCAGAUACCCGAUUUGGUUUGAUAGUUUUAUUUACAUACGCAUAUUAUCGAGGAUAUUGAUGGCAUAGCAUAGCACAUAAGAAAGGUUUCAUAACA